UUGAUUACACAGGUUUUGACACCCUGAAAACUCUGCUAAAGAACAUUUCAGAAAAUGAAGGUCAACAGUCGGAGUCCAGUAGUGCUACUGCAUUGCUGAAAAUGCUCCAGGAGUUCAUUCAAAAGACGGCCCAAGCAAAAGCCCCUGAGUUUGCCCAUUUCAAUAGUAAAGUGAAAAAAACUUUGCAAACUUUGUUUAUGCUGGCAAAUAUCAAGAAAGCUUCUUUUCCCCGAGGUCAGGCUACUUUUAGAUUUCUAGGCUAUGAGAUGGGGUCUAUAUCAACUGAUUCAGCCCUCUUGUUGAUGAAGCGACUGAGAGCCAAGGGAGAUCCUGUGGAGCAAGUCAUUAUGACUCUCGCACAAGGGAUAAACCUGGCAUGGGUUAGAGCAUUUGAACUCAUGAAGUUCAGAAAGGUGUUACCUACUGUGGCAGGGCUACCACUGGAGGCACAGACUGACAUCAGUGUUGUCACCAAGCUCAUGGGGAAAGUCAAGACUGAUGUUAAGAACUUCUUUGAAAAGAAACAACCAAUUCAAACAGAUUUGUCCCUUAGUCCAAGUAUCUCAACGGCUUUCACUUCAAUGAUGGCAGUUGAUCUGAGGGGCUACUCAAGAACAGGCCUUGGAACAAGAGCAAAUGUAGACGCGUUUGCUGCUUGGAGUAGCAUACUGAAUUAUCUCCCCUCAAGAGCGUCUGCUAAGCAGGAGCAUGAAAUAGAAUUUAUUAGAGAAUUGGAGCAAGAUGACUACUCCUUUCUAGAUGUCAAGUCAGACAUAGUCUUGUACAGAAAUUCUGAGGUUAUUCCCAUGCACGGCAGCAAAAAGGAUUUUGAGACAUGUCUUCCUAACAUCUACACACAAAUGCUCGGCCAAAGUGUGUGUCUGUCUGGAGUGUUUCAUCAGGAUGAUUCCCCUCAUCCAUCAGAACUCUUCUUCUUGUCCAGCUUUUACAGAAUGAAAGGCAUCCUUCGUCUUCAAGAUUUGAUGCUGGACAGAUUCCUGUUGAGAUUAACGCAUAAAAAUAUAAAAUCUGCGGAAACAGCUAAGUGUGCAGGUUCUCUCACAAAGAUGCACUUUGAGGGCAAAGGUUUUGAAUUGUCCAGAACUGUUGAUUUCAAUGUUUCCAUGGAUGAGACGAAAAACUCUCUUGUUAUUUCGGGAAGUAUUCCAGAAGCUUCGCUGCACUACCAUAUGGAACGGACAUCUCUUUCAGUGCCAGGGAUUUCUCUGAAGAAAAUUUGUUCUAGGAUCACACAGAAUGGAAAAUUACUCAGUUCUUUCAUCUUUGAGAGAAAGGCCAGUGAAAGAAAUGAAUCGACAGAGUUGCCUGUUGAGACAAUGGAAGGAAAAGAAAAACUUCUUCAUGUCAACGUAUCGCUUGGCGCUCUUUCUGUGGACUUUUCAUGUUCAGAACAAAUGCCACACAAAUAUUACCAGGCUGUUGAUGUUUUUUUCAAGUACUACUGUGAACCACAAUUAGGAUUGUUGUACGCCUUGCACCCUCGUCCUGAGCUCGCUGCUGCUGAAGGUCAUCUGUCCACAUUCUCUUUUCACAAACAGACCAACUACUCUGAAACACCAAUGACAGAGAUUUGGAAACAGUUUAUGAGGACCUAUGCGUAUGCUCCAGGUCACAACAUUACCACAGACACGGCUUUGAUUGCUGAUCUGAAAGCUGCUGACAGAGUCACUGACAUCUACUGGAUCCAGGAUGGAAAUUUGACGGAUGAGAUCCAUAUGGAUGCCCACGUUCGCAAUCGGUCAGAUGCCAGACUGUUCUUGUUUGACUGGACCAUGCAUCUAGAGAACAAACAAAAAUUCACCAUUGACUUGGGUGGUGAAGCCAGUGGACCCAGAGCUAUGCCUUUAGCAGAUUUGACCCUACAUUCAAAUGUCACUUUCAGAGCAGAUGAGGAGGUCUUACUACAGAGGCCUAAGCGAUCCGUAUUAUCAUCCUUUGGAAAACUGGAGCAUUCUUUCUCGGAGAAAGCGUCAUCAAUGUACCAGUCUGCCAAGUUGAGGUUGCUCACUUUCCUGAGUCGAAAGUCAAGCGACUCCUCUCUUGUUCCAAAUAGCAUAGUAGACUCUGAUGAACAGACAGGGCUGUUGUUGAACCAAACAGAAGGAGAUGUUGUCUUUUGGAAACAGCCUUAUUGGAACUUGAAAACGGAUGCCUCAAUCAAGAUGAUUCCUCACUUUGCGGAUACACCUCAAGGAAGGAAGAACGUUGGGGCAGAGUUACAGUGGUUUUUGAACAGCUCUUUACCUCACACGGAGACUCAACUGCUCUCCUUUGAAGGCGCCAUAUUCAAUGGACAAAUGAAAAAGAUGAAGAUGUACGUCGAUGACCGUAUCCAUGACUGGACAUUAAAUGCAUCUGCAGAGCAUUACAGCACAAAGGAAGUAUUCCAUCAUCACCACAACUGGUCUUUGGUGGAGACAACCAAUCACAGACUUGAUCGCUCUUUCAAUAUCCGUGUAGAACUGGUGCACUUCAAAAGUUUUGAUUAUGAUCUGACGCUAAAAUCUCCACGGACAAACGUGACUCACUACAUUCAUUAUGUGAAGAGUUCCCCCAUAGAGCAUCAUGUCCGUGCUCAUGCUCGUCUACAUUCUGUCUCUCCGGAAUUUGAUCUCCUCUAUUACGAGUCCAGUGAUGUGAACAAAGGGGAUAUAACAACCCAAGUGAACAUGACAAGUACAGCCCUUGACUUCAAGUUAGAUUUGGAGAAAAAGAGAAGUGAGGAAGGAAUCCAAGCGUCCAGCGAUUUUCAAGUGGAUAACCAUAUGUCAGUGCUGGCUGGAAAGAGAGGCUUGCUGACCACUUUAACCCUUGCCAAAAAAAGACCGCCCCAGUGCAGAUGGACAUAUACGGCUACUGAUGGCUCUAAGACAAGGUUGCAAGCUCAGAUGAUGGGACCCAAAAGAAUAGAAUUCGAUCUUCAGCCCAUUCAGACACAUUGUAAAGACAAAAGUAUAUACAGGUGA